CGCAGGAAUUCAAAAUGGACUCCACCGGGCAUAGUAACGGAUUAAAAAGGGUCCCGGAGUGGGAAGAUGAUCCCGCCAACGCGCAGAACUGGAGUGUGCGGAAGAAGAUCUACAACACGGCGGUGCCGUCCAUCCUGUGUCUUCUCAUAUCAUUCGCACUUGCUAUCUACUCCCCCUCUCACAGCCAUGUUCAAACCGCCUUCCACACCUCCACCACCAAGUCUCUUCUCCCGUUCACAAUGUACGUCUACGGACUGGCGUUCGGGCCCAUGAUCGCCGCUCCCAUCAGCGAGACCUAUGGUAGGCGCCUUAUCUACCUCGUGAUGACCCCCCUGGCCAUGUUGUUCAUUCUCGGAGCCGGGUUCAGCCAAAACCUGGCCAGUCUCGCAGUAUGCCGCCUGCUGGCGGGCAUGUUCAUCUCCGCUCCCCUGGCCGUCGGGGCAGGCACAAUCAUGGACAUGUGGAGUGGACCAGCAACCGGUGGCGGCGUGACCAUCCUCAUGACCAUUGCCUUUAUGGGGCCAGCUUUCGGAUCGUUGGUCGGUGGCUGGGUGGCCGAGUACAAGGGCUGGCGCUGGUCGCAGUGGACGACGCUGUUCCUGGGAGCCGCCUGUUGGGUCUUCAGCCUGGGUGCACAGGAGACAUAUUCUCGCCCGAUCCUCCGCCGUCGUGCUGCUAAAUUAGGGCUGCCUGUCCCUCCCAGUCCAAUCCCGCGUGGCCUGGCCGGCAUCCGGAUGAUGCUCACAGUCACUUUAGCACGGCCGGUCUAUAUGCUUCUGACCGAGCCCAUUGUGGCUUUGUGCUCACUUUACUCAUCGCUCAACUUUUCCGUUCUCUUCUGUUUCCUCGCUUGUGUACCCCUCGUCUAUACAGACAUCUACGACUUCACCCCGGGUCAAUGUGGCCUGGUCUUUAUCUCGCUGGCCCUUGGGUGCGUCCUCGGCUGCCUCGGACUCCUCAUGACAGACCAGUAUACCAUGUCUUUGCACCGACGACGCCACCCUGAAGGGAACACCCCUCCGCCACCCGAGCAAGUCUUGUGGGCAGCCAUGCUGGCCAGCCCGGUCAUGCCAGCCGCAUUAUUCUGGUUUGCGUGGACAUCGACUUGCCAUGUCCACUGGAUGAGCAGCAUAGUCGCCAUCGGGUUUUUUGGCUGUUCUAAUAUAAUGAUUUUUGUGUCGACCGUACUUUACUUGACGCGAGUUUACGGAGCCACAUCUGGCGCUUCUGCAUUGGCCGCCAAUGGUCUGCUGCGAUAUAGUAUCGGUGGCUCGUUCCCUCUUUUUACUUUGGCUAUGUACCACAAUCUGGGUUAUAGCUGGGCUUCCAGCUUACUGGGGUUCUUGGCCGUGGCCUUUGCGCCCCUGCCAUGGCUCUUCUUUCGUUGGGGAAGUCGUGUUCGAGAGAAUAGUGCGUAUACCUCGUGAGUGAUGCUCAGUACUAAAUUCAUAUCUUUGGGGGGAAAGAAUGGGCUUGUGCAGUAUAUAGUACCAUGUUCGUAUGUGAUGUGAUGUGAAAUAUAAAUAUCGUUCUCUG